UAGAGUCGCUGGACGCACUUUCAAUGGAUAGCUAAGAUAUAUCGGAUGCCAAUGAAAAGUGUGCACUUGUAGCCAUAUACCUUUCCAAGAAGAGACAGAUGCAGUGAUCCGAGGUGAGCCGAUCUUGCAUUCGAGAACGUCGGUGUGGGGAAUCACGCCAACCCGAGGCCCUUCGGAUUUUGAAGGCCCUCUGCUUUGAAUCUCGAAAACGGCCCCUAAAUCGCAACAAUUAAGGCAUCGGAGAUUUAACCAGGAUGUCGGACAGCGCGGGUCUUCAGUUCGUCAGCCCGUACGCUUUCGAGGCCAUGCAGAAGGUGGACGUGGUGCGCCUGGCGGCGCUGAGUGAUCCCGAACUGAGACUGCUGCUACCCUGCCUGGUGAGGAUGGCCCUGUGUGCCCCCGCCGACCAGAGCAACACCUGGGCCCAGGACAAGAAGCUCAUCCUGCGCCUGCUGUCCGGGGUAGAAGCCGUCAACUCGAUCGUCGCUCUGUUGUCAGUGGAUUUCCACGCUUUGGAACAGGAUGCCAGGAAAGAACAGCAGCUCAGACACAAGGCAGGGGGUUCCAACGGGGAGAGUGUCCUCGUGUCCCAGCUCCAGCAUGGCUUGACUCUAGAGUUUGAGCACAGCGAUCCUCUCAGAAGGCUGCGGUUGGCACUCAGUGAAUUGUUGGCCAUAAUGAACAAGGUCUCUGAUUCAAAUGGAGAGUUUUUCUUGAAGUCCUCAGAACUCUUUGAAAGCCCUGUGUAUCUGGAGGAAGUAGCGGAUGUUCUUUGCAUCUUACAAGCAGAACUUCCCUCAUUACUGCCCAUCAUAGACGUAGCUGAAGCUCUGCUACAUGUGCGCAAUGGAGACUGGUUCCUGUGUCUGCUGGUGGCUAAUGUUCCAGACAGCUUUAAUGAAGUGUGCAGGGGGCUGAUUAAGAACGGCGAGAGGCAGGACGAGGAGAGCAUCGGGGGCAGGCGCCGGACGGAGGCGCUGAGGCAGCUGUGCCAGAUGAACCCCUCGCAAGCCCUGAACAUCCGCGCCAUGGUGGUGGAGGAGUGUCACCUGCCUGGCCUGGGUGUGGCUCUGACACUGGACUACAAGCCGGACGCUGCCGACGACGCCGUCAGCCCGUUGGUUUCAUUCGUUAGCGGGCUGCUCCUGGGCACCAAUGGCAAAGUGCGCACCUGGUUCGGAAUGUUCAUCCGCAACGGCCAGCAGAGGAAACGCGAGAGCAGCUCGGUGCUGUGGCAGAUGCGCAGGCAGCUGCUGCUGGAGCUGGUGGCCAUCCUGCCCCGGUCCCGGAGCACGCACGUGCCCAACGACAGCGAGGCCGACACGGAGAGCACCUCCGGCUACUCGGGCCUCAGGGAGGAGCACGUGGUGAAGGCCAGCGCCCUCCUGCGCCUCUACUGCGCCCUCAUGGGCAUCGCGGGGCUCAGGCCCACCGAUGAGGAAUCGGAGCAGCUCCUGCAGCUGAUGACCAGCCGCCCACCCGCCACCCCUGCAGGCGUGCGCUUCGUGUCCCUGUCCUUCUGCAAGCUGCUGGCCUUCCCCACGCUCGUCAGCACGCCGGAACAGGAGCAGCUGAUGGUGAUGUGGCUGAGCUGGAUGAUCAAAGAGGAGGAGUAUUUCGAGAGUGCCGCGGGCGUAUCCGCUUCCUUCGGAGAGAUGCUAUUACUGGUUGCCAUGUAUUUCCAUAGCAACCAGCUCAGCGCCAUCAUCGAGCUGGUCUGCUCCACUUUAGGGAUGAAGAUUGCCAUAAAGCCCAGUUCCUUGAGCAAAAUGAAGACCAUUUUUACGCAGGAGAUUUUCACCGAGCAGGUGGUCACUGCCCAUGCAGUGAGGGUUGCCGUCACCAACAACCUGAGCGCCAACAUCACCGGCUUCCUGCCCAUCCAUUGCAUCUACCAGCUUCUGAGGAGUCGCGCCUUCACCAAGCACAAGGUGUCCAUCAAGGACUGGAUCUUCAGGCAGCUGUGCGAGACGACCACCCCGCUCCACACGCAGCUGCUGCCCCUCAUCGACGUCUACAUCAACUCCAUCCUCACCCCGGCCUCCAAGGCCAACCCCGAGGCCACCAACCAGCCAAUCACAGAGCAGGAGAUCCUCAACGUCUUCCAGGGCCUGGCUGGGGGGGACAGCAGUCGUGUCCGUUCCCAGUACAGCAUCACCACCCAGCUGCUGAUCCUCUAUUACAUCCUGUCCUAUGAGGAGGCCCUGCUGGCCAGCACCAAAGCCCUGGCCCUCAUGCAGAAGAAGCCCAAGUCCUACUCCGCCGCACUCAUGGACCAGAUCCCCAUCAAGUACCUGAUCCGACAGGCCCAGGGCCUGCAGCAGGAGCUGGGGGGUCUGCACUCUGCCCUGCUGCGCCUGCUGGCCACCAACUACCCGCACCUGUGCAUGGUGGAGGACUGGAUCUGCGAGGAGGAGAUCACCGGCACGCUGCCGCUGCUACGCCGGAUGCUGCUCACCAGCGCCACCUGCAAGUACUCCCAGCAGCAGCUGCAGGACGCAUUCCAGGCGAUGCCAUCCAGCGGCCCGCAGCUGAUGCAGAUACUGGAGCACCUGACCCUGCUGUCGGCCAGCGACCUCAUCCCCUACGCUGAGGCGCUCACCUCAAACAUGGCCAUGCUGCUGGGCGCCGGCGUGUCCCGCAGGGUGCUGCAGACCAUCAACAAGCUGUGGAUGGUCCUCAACACCGUGAUGCCGCGGAGGCUGUGGGUGAUGACCGUGAACGCUCUGCAGCCCCCCAUCAAGCUCCUGCGGCAGCAGAGGUACACGCAGAUCGACCUGAUGAUCGACCCCUUGAUCGUGCUCCGCUGCGACCAGAGAGUCUACAGAUGCCCCCCGCUGAUGGACAUCACUCUACACAUGCUCAAUGGCUACCUCCUGGCCUCCAAGGCCUACCUGAACGCCCACCUGAAGGAGACGGCCGAUUUCGACAGGCAGACCCAGACCAUCUCAAACCUGGGCCUGGCGGGGCAGCCAGACACCCCCGAGGUCACCCGGGAGGAACUGAAGAACGCCCUGCUGGCUGCACAGGACAGCGCAGCGGUGCAGAUACUGCUGGAGGUGUGCCUGCCCACCAGCGAGGAGCGGCAGCUGGAGGGCGGGGCCGGGAGCCUGCUGAAGAGCAUCCGGCAGUCGCCCGAGCUGCAGGAGGCGGGGUCGGGGGCGGGCCGAGCCGAGGGGGAGGAGCCUGAGGGGGGCCUGCUCAGUGACCUGCGCGAGGUGCAGUGCCUGAUCUGCUGCCUGCUGCACCAGAUGUUCAUUGCCGACCCCAACAUCGCCAAACUGGUGCACUUCCAGGGUUACCCCCAGGAGCUGCUGCCUUUGACCGUAGCUGGCAUCCCUUCCAUGCACAUCUGCCUGGACUUCAUCCCUGAGCUCCUGGCUCAGCCGCAGCUCGAGAAGCAGAUUUUUGCCAUCCAGCUCCUCUCCCAUCUGUGCACUCAGUACGCCCUGCCCAAGUCUCUCAGCGUGGCCCGCCUCGCCAUCAGUGUCAUGGGCACUCUGCUCACAGUGCUGACCCAGGCCAAACGGUUCGCCUUCUUCAUGCCCACUCUGCCCUGCCUGGUGGCCUUCUGCCAGGCCUUCCCCCCGCUCUACGACGACGUGGCGUCCCUUCUGGUCCAGGUGGGGCAGGUGUGCGCCUCCGACGUGGCCACCAAGGCCAGAGACAUCGACCCGCUCAUCGCUAGGCUGCAGUACCUGAAGGAGAGGCCGGAGGAGGCGGGCCAGGCGCCCAAGCUGACCCUGCCCCAGAGAGCGGCGGAGGAGCUGGGCUGCAGCGACCCGGACGCCCAGCUGUGCUGCUGCAUCGAGGCCACCUUCAUGGACAUCAUUGGCUCCCGCCUGCGCGGGACGUAGGGCCGGCCCGGGCCACGCCCGUUUUCACAGAGCAACGGGGAGGCAGAGAGGCGGAGACGCCCCUCACUCACACGUUUCCUAACAGGAUGUUCUAGACGACAGAGGACAGGGGACUCGGGCCUUGCAGAACCGCGCGCCGGUCAUUAGC